AUGGCGGAAACUCAAACUCUUAGCAAACAAUCAAAUCUAUCAGUUCAAAAUAUUGUUUUGUCAAAUGGAACUGAACAUAUCAAAUUGGUGAAUAGUUCGACAAAUAUGAUCGCGUUUUCUUGUAAAACUUAUAAAAAAAGAGCAACAACAACUCCGACUGGAUGUUUGGCGCCAAAUGAAUCCGUCAUUUUACAAGUUAAAAGUGAUCAAACUUUGAAGGAGAAUGAGGUUAGUGAGAGUGUGGGAAAAAUUGUGGUUUUUUGGUGUACUACGAACUUAGAACUAGAGAAUCUGAUCAAGAUUUAUUUUUUUGUGAAAUGGUUCUGAAGUCGAAUAAUUAGAAUAUUUCACAUGAGAGUUGAAUGACGUUAAGAAGUUCAGUUUUCAAAACAUAGUACUUUUAAAAAGGUCAAUCAGAAAAAAUAAUAUUGUUUUGAGUUCUCGAAAGUUCGACGCACUUUUAUCUACUUUUUUUCUCAAAAUUAACCGGAAUUUUGAAUAAAACUAUUUUUUUGAGUAAUUCAUCCGUUUCGAAAAAUAAAAGCUCUCGAUCCCUUCGGAAACGGAAACGUUCUUUUUCCUUUCAAAAAGCUCGAUUUAUUUUUUCAGGAACCUGAUCGUCUCACAAUUCUUUGGACAAAUACUCCAGAAGGUGCUGCCAAACAAUAUCGCUCUGAAUAUUUUUUCGAAGAAUCUCUAGUUCGCCGUAAAAAUCUACCAAAUCGUUAUCCACAAAUUUCAGCUGUUUUGGCAACAUUCGAAAAAUAA